GCAAUUGAGGAGCUCUGAGCUUGAUGAAGCCACAAGGAAUACAACCGACUACUACAAAUAUCAGCCAGACCAAGAUGUCCUUCCGCGGAAAGAAUGCAGUGGUGACCGGCGGAGCUGGAGGUAUUGGUCUGCAGGUGUCCAAGCAGCUGUUGGCCGCCGGUGCAGCGAAGUUGGCCAUCAUCGAUCUGCAGGAUAAUCUGGAGGAAUUUGUGAAGCUUCGAGCUGCCCAUCCAACUCAAAGUGUAAUGAUCGUCAAGAUGGAUGUGGCCAAUAAGAAGGGUGUGGAAGCGACCUACGAGGAGAUAGCCAAGACCUUCGGCAACAUCGACAUUGUUGUGAAUGUUGCUGGCAUUUUCAAUGACAAGGAUGUGCAGAGAACUCUGCUGGUGAAUCUUGGAGGGAUCAUCAACUCCACGCUGAGCGCUUUGCCCUACAUGGGCAAGGAUAAUGGCGGAAAGGGUGGAAUUGUGGUUAACAUGAGCUCGGUUGUGGGUCUUGAUCCGAUGUUCAUCAUUCCCGUUUACGGAGCCACCAAGGCGGGCAUUAUCAACUUUACCAGAUGCUUGGCGAACGAAAAGUAUUAUCAACGUUCGGGCAUCAAGUUUGUGACUGUCUGUCCUGGAGCUACGAUGACGGACAUGUUUACCAACUUCACGGAGAAGAUCAUCUUCCCGGAGACUAGUGACGAGACCUACAGGAUUCUGGAUAGGUUGAACAAGCAGAGUGCCGCUGAUGUCUCUCGCUGCAUUCUGAACGUUCUGGAGAAGGACAAGAACGGAGCUGUCUAUGUCAUCGAGGGAAAGCGCGUUUUUCCCUUGGAAUUGAAGCCCCAGUGGACAGGCAAGGAGCAGGCCCUUUAAUCGGAGACAUUUUCUCCAUAUCCUAAACACACACAUUUACAAAUUUGAUCAUAUUACAGGAAGUAGUUAUUUAAUAAACAAACGAAGCACACUAA